AUGGCAGAGUCGAAGAUCACGAACGGCGUAGCCAAGCGCGCUCGCCUUGCCAACGGACGUCCACCGACAGCAGCAAAGCCAAAGACGAGCCUUUCCUCCAAGCAGACAGCAAAGCAGAUCCGGACCUAUCAUCAAUUGAACAGAAAACUCGCCCUAGCACAGUCCAAGGGCAACGAUGCAGAGGUCUACGAGCUCAAGAAGCGUAUGGAGGAGCUCGGCGGCCUCAGAAUCUACCAGCUUGCCAGCAUUCAAGGCCAAGCCAACGAUCGUGGUGGCGACUCUUCGACUGUGCUCAUGGAAUGGCUGAAGCCUGUGGCCAAGGAUAUGGCGUCCAGCAGCAAGAAGGUGCGCUUGCUGGAGGUCGGUGCGCUAUCUACGAGUAAUGCCUGUUCGAAGUCUGGACUCUUCGAGAUUCAGCGCAUCGAUUUGAACUCGCAGGCUGAAGGCAUUGUUCAGCAAAAUUUCAUGCAGCGCCCAUCGCCGACUCAUGACCACGAGAUGUUCGAUGUCAUAUCACUCUCGCUUGUGCUCAACUUUGUCCCGGACUCCGAGGCACGAGGCGAGAUGUUGAAGCGUACUUGCCAGUUUCUUGUCGCCCGUACGCUUCCUGAACGAUUGAAAGGCAUCUUCCCUGCCCUAUUCUUGGUACUACCAGCUUCAUGUGUCACGAACUCACGAUAUAUGAACGAGGAGCGUCUGACGUGCAUGAUGGCAAGUCUAGGCUAUGUGCUACUACAGCGAAGGCUGUCCGCGAAGUUGGUGUACUACCUGUGGCAGAGACGUGAUGGGCCCGUGGUCAAGGAGCAAGAUUUUUUGAAAACUCAAGUCAAUCCCGGAGCUGGACGGAACAACUUCUGUGUGGUGUUGAAGCGUACUGUUGCAGCUACUGAGAAGAACGAGUAUGGCCUACAGCCACUUGCACCCUACGAAGCAAGCACUUUUGCAAACGAUCCGCUGUUCCUGGAAGACCCUUUCCACGGCCAAUUGGCGUCACCAGGCCAGCCCGACGAUGACUUCGCUAUGAUCGACUCGGAUGUGGAGAAAACAGCAAAAUUGAGUCAGCUACAGCGGCAACAAUACCCACAGUUCGCUAGUCACAUCAACUCUACGGGCAACUUCUCCUCGUGGCUACCCGAAGGUUUCCAACUUACUAACAGGGAUCGCCAGCAACAGCAGUAUCCCAUCAAGACCUCACUCGGCCCAAGCGAGCCUGCCCUUCAAGUGCCUUCCUCUUCCCAGCCAAGCAGCCGCAAGAGAUCGUACGAGUUCGACCCGACCAACACGAGCACACCCACCUUUCGCUUACCAUCCACUCCCAAGCCGAGCAGCGAUCAUAGGCAAUACGCCAUCGACCUCACGAAUGUCAACACACAAGCUCCAGUGGCGAAGAAGAAGAAAACCAAGCGUAUGACGACACCGACCAACCCAGCAGCAUACACUCCGAGCCUACCGCCAACCCCUGUCGCUUCACCCUAUGCACAGGCAAGAGCAUAUCAGCAACAGUCAGCUUCGAUCUCCCACCCACCUCAAUACAUCGACAUCUCCGCCACCGCCAACAUCACAAACAUGGCACAAAGCCUGACCCAAAAGCUCAACGGCCAGGCUUCCGUCACAGGUCUUCUCCGUGACCUCGCCACCCGAGUCAACGAGCAAGAUCAGACCAUCCAGGUAUUGCGCCACGAGCUCAGUCAUUUGCGCCAGCACGUGGACUCCACCUUCACGAACUUCGCCGAGCAGACUACCAAGGCGAACAGAGCACUUGAGGAGAAGUGUCAAGAGGUCAUCGACGCAAGGGACGAGGCAGAUAUCUUGCGUGAGAUGCGGUCAGCGGGUGGUGCAUAUGGUGGGCCGAAGUUUCAGGCUCCGGUCAAGCAGCCGAGCAUGCUUCACUCUAUGAUGCCUGGUUCUUGGACCGGUAAUGCGUCUCAGAGGUAG